GCCGUGUCCGCCGCUGGCCCUAGGAUGGUACUUCCUACUGGCUGGCACGCGUAGCAGCCAGAGAUGGCCCCAGACAUGUGGCUGUUCCUGGUGACCGCUGGAUCGCUGAUGGCAGCCCUCACAGGUCAACCCUCUGCAACCCCAUCUGGCCAGGUCAACACCAGCAGUGCAGAGAAUGAGCCCUUGGAGCCAGGGGAGCAGCUCGGGGUCCGUCUGGUGAACGGGAGCAGCCGCUGCAGUGGGACGGUGGAAGUCCGGCUCGGGAAGUCCUGGGAGCCCGCGUGCGGGGCACUCUGGAAUGGCCGCGCCGCCGAGGCCGUGUGCCAAGCGCUGGGGUGCGGCGGGGCGGAGGCGGCUGCCCAGCUCACUCCACCGACCCCCGAGUUUGGGCCUGCCGCGGGGAAUGCCAGCGGGGUCCCGAACGUCACGCUGGCUGGGGUGCCCGCCGUCUUGUGCAGCGGCGUCGAGUGGAGGCUCUGCGACGUGGUGGAGCACGAGUGCAGUGGCGAUAGGAAGCCGGCCUGGGUCACCUGUGCAGAGAAUCGUGCACUGCGGGUGAUGGACGGCGGCGGCCCCUGCGCUGGCCGGGUGGAGAUGCUGGAGCGCGGCCAGUGGGGCUCGGUGUGCGAUGACACGUGGGACCUAGAGGACGCCCACGUGGUGUGCCGGCAACUGGGCUGUGGCUGGGCAGUCCAGGCCCUGCCCGGCAUGCACUUCACACCCGGCCGAGGGCCCAUCCACCGGGACCAGGUGAACUGCUCCGGAGCCGAGGCUUACCUGUGGGACUGUCCGGGGCUGCCAGGAUACCACUACUGUGGCCACAAGGAGGAUGCAGGUGUGGUGUGCUCAGAGCACCAGUCCUGGCGCCUGACUGGGGGCACUGACCCCUGUGAGGGGCAAGUGGAGGUAUACUUCCGAGGGUUCUGGAACACGGUGUGUGACAGUGAGUGGUACACACAGGAGGCCAAAGUGCUCUGCCAGACCUUGGGCUGCGGAAAUGUGGUCGAACAGCCCAAGGGGCGGCCCCACUCCUUGUCGGGCAAGAUGUUCUACUCAUGCAAAGGGGAGGAGCCCACCCUCUCCGACUGCUUCUGGCGGUUCAACAACUCCAACCUCUGUAGAGAGUCACAUGCAGCCCGAGUCCUCUGCUCAGGUUCCCGGAGCUUGCACAAUCUGUCCACUCCUGAAGUCCCAGCAAGUGUUCAGCCAGCCACUGUAGAACCUUCUGUGACAGUGAAAACAGAGGCCAUGGAAUCUCAAGAGUUAAUGCUCCUCAUCCUCUGCAUUGUUCUGGGAAUUCUCCUCCUUGGUUCACUCAUCUCCAUAGCCUUCAUCCUCUUGAAAAUGAAAGGAAAAUAUGCCAUCCCCACUAUGGUGAACCACCAGCACCCACCCACCACCAUCCCAGCAGUCAUCAAUAGCUAUCAAGUGGUCCCCAUCACCAUCCCCAAAGAAGAAGUUCCCAACCUGCCCAUCCAGGUCCGGGCCCCAGCCCCUGCGGACUCGGACUCCAGCUCAGACACAGACUAUGAGCACUAUGACUUCAGCACCCAGCCUCCUGUGGCCCUGACCACCUUCUACAACUCACAGCGGCACCGGGUCACAGAUGAGGAGGCCCACCAGAGCAGGUUCCAGAUGCCCCCCCUGGAGGAAGGACUUGAAGAGUUGCACGUUUCCCACGUCCCACCUGCCAACCCCGGAUACUGCGUUGUAGAUCCUCCCUCCCUGGACCCUCAAGGUCACGCAAGGAGCAACAGUGGGUCCAGCACAUCUUCCGGGGAGAAUUACUGCAAUAACGCCGGCAACCAGCUCCCUCCAUGGAAUCCCCAGGUGUUUUCUUUGCAGAGGAAUUCCUUUCUGGAACAGCCCCCAAACCUGGAGCUGGCUGGCUCCCGGACAACUUUUUCAGCAGGGCCAUUGGCUGACGACAGCUCCAGCACCUCAUCCGGAUCCGGGGAGUGGUACCAGAACUUCCAGCCGCCGCCUCCCCAAACCCCUUCAGUGGAGCAAUUUGGGUGUCCAGGGUCCCCCAGUCCUCAGCCUCACUCCACUGAUACUGAUGACUAUGAUGACAUUGGAGCAGCCUAGACUGGAUCCAGCUGAGGCCCCUGGGGUGGCUUCCCCUGUCCCCCAUUUCCUGCUGCACCUAUUGGCCUGCUCUGCUCCCCCCAGAGUGCCCCCAUGGCACUGAGAGACCCCCUAGAGAGAUGGAAGAAACUCCACACCUGUGCCCCUCAGUCUUCUUCCAUUAGACCGAACCUGCUGGUACAGCCCUACCCGGCCCUAAUGAGCACCCCAGGUGCUUGGAGGACAGUGCUCCUCCAAGUGGCGUGAGUCCUCUGUCUCUGCAAUGGACAAGAAGAGUCUGCCAGGAGCAAGAGAACUGGACCGGACUCCUGAGGCCACUUCUGACCCUCAGGGGUCUUGUGGUUUGAUUCCUCAAGUCUCUGACAGCUCAGGACCAGAGGUGCUGGGAGGGACAAAAACAGGUCCCCACCAUGGUGUUGCCAUGAGAGGUCCCUUGUGCUAGGAGCUGUGGGGCUGUUGUAACUCUGCUAGGUGGUGCUGGGGGUAGGGCAGCUCUGGGCAGAGCAUACGGCCUUCCUGGGUGCAGUCAGCUCACAGCAAACAGGGUGAGUGUGUUCCCCCCACAAAGGGGCUGAGGCCCAAGGCCAGUCCUGCCCCAGAGACUCUUGGAGCCCUUCAGGAGUGCACACUUGUUCUGCGGUAACUUUUCCUGGACAGUGGAUCCUUAUUCUGAAUUUCCUAUGGUUUACAAAGAGGGCCCCAACCCCACCCUCCCACAGGCCCCAGGGACAGAGGCCCAGUCCUUGUGGGGACAGGAGUGCAGAUAUGUCUGCCAGGAGGGGGCCCGAAGGAUGCCCCAAGCCUUCAUGCACCUUCUUGAAUAGAGUCAGACGCUUCCAGGAUGCAUACAUGAGCGUGUGGUGUUGCCCCCAGAGCCAUCACAGUGUCUGGGGCCCAGGCCAGGCUCUGUGUCCUGUGUUGAGUAUUCCAAGAUUAAACUGAAUUGCUGAGUGAAA